UAGUAGCCACCGCAACCACCGCUCAAAGGAUUAUCACCACUGUCGUUUCUUUUCAUCAAGCCACAAUGGGCAAGGGACUAGCUGUGCUACCGGCAACAUGCAUGGAAAGAGUGAAGGAACUCAAAGCUCACUUUUCCAGUUUCCUCCAAAGACAAGACUGGAGCCUACCCUGCUUACCUUAUAGAGGGAAACCCAGACCUUCCUUGGAAGAAUGUUUACAGUGGAGGGAAUCGUUUGAACGACUUCUUUCAUGUAAACAUGGAUUGUACGCGUUCAGGGCUUUCUUGAUUUCCGAAUUCAGUGAGGAGAACAUUGCCUUCUACCUUGCGUGUGAAGACUUUAAAAGGACCAGGUCUUCUGCCAAGCAGCACUCCAAGGCAGAGAAAAUAUACAACGAGUUUAUCGGGACUGAAGCACCGAGAGAGGUGAACAUCGACCACGAGACCCAGGAGAUCACCAGAGCCAACCUGUGUGAGCCGACGCCGUGCUGCUUUGAGCUGGCCCAGCGUCGGGUUUACAUCCUGAUGGAGAAGGACUGCUACCCACGCUUCCUCCGCUCCCCUGGGUACCGAGACCUGGUCAGCCAGCUCACGCCAGCCAAUCACAAGCCCAGGAGUCAGCAGAACUCAUGAGCCGGGUGGUGGAGGGUGACCGAUGAUCGAUGACCGAGACAGAGACAGAGAAAGACACCUCAACAAAGUCCGAAAGAGAGAUAAAGAGUCUCCACCAUGGACACCAGAGGGAGAAAGAGGGAGGCCUUCACAGAAUGGAGAAAGAGUGAGAAAGAAACAGAGGUGUGUACCACAAGAGGGAUGAAGGGUCCACUGGUAGACCUAAAGUCGUCCAAGAACAGGGGCAGCCGUGGCUUAACGGUUGAGGAGAUGGACUUUAGAUCAGAGGGUUGCAGGUUCAAAUCCCACCCUUCCACUCCCUCUAUCAUACUCCAUGGCUGCGUGAGGAGCACUUGAGCAAGGUGCCCAACCCCAUACUGCUCCAGGGAUUGUAACCAAUUCCCUGUAAAUAACUGUAAGACGCAUUGGAUAAAGGCAUCAGCUAAAUGUAAUGUCAUGGGAAAAAAGAACAGAGGCGACCAAAGAUGGGGAUGGCAGAGGCUGAGAGGUGUCAGGGGGGGACAAAAGGGUCAGUUGUCCCGGGCCCAGAGAAAGGAGGGGCCCAGAAUUGGGACCCCAUUACAUUGUACGUAUUGAGGAGGGGGCCUUUUCUGAUGGUUUUGUCCCGGGCCCAGCUAAAGCUGUCAGCGGCCCUGGGUGUGACUGAGAGAGGAAGAUGGAGCUUAGAGGAAGAAAGAGCAAAAAGACUGCCAUUGCUCAGCGGCGCAGGCGCAGUCGUGAGGAACUUACUGGACCAGGAAAAAAAGCACUUACACAACCAGAGCCAUAAGAGUUGUUGAGGUGAACUGAGUCAGAGUGGAAGACAUACUGAGCACUGGAGGCUCGUUGCACUACAUACUGUACAAGGACACAUGCCAACUGCAUUUUUAUAUGUAUUUAUUUAUUUUAUUGAUGGAUGUAUAUUUAUGAAGUCUCACAUGGGCUCCUGGGAAAUAAAAGGGGCAAAAUGUUUGUACACAGGAAAAGAUGUGCAAUACUUUUGUGUCUUUAUUAUUUAAAAUGUGUAUUUAAAAUAAAAUAUUGACAUAAAAAUGCUCUCACUCUAUCCAAGUUGUCAUGCAUUUUGAUAUGAGAAUAAAAUUCAGUCUUAACAUGUAUUGUGCGAUUGCAAUUAUCAUAAUGCGAAGAGACCACUUUCCCUUGCACGGGUGAGGCAUAAAUGCAAUUUUGUUGUGUGUAGUGUGCAGUGUUAACUUGUGUGCUGGGGAGUUCUGUGACACAAUGACAAUGGGAGUUGGAGUUUCGCAGUUGGGCUUUCACGAAAAAUGUAUAGGGUAUGUUGCCUACUCUGCAAAAUCACACAACUUUUGACACAU